CGAUCAUCACUGUUUACAAGUCUCACACCUGCUCCGUUUAAAGCAACCUUACCGUGAACUUUAGAAGUUUGCUAGGCAGGGCUGUCUCCAAAAUGUUUGGACGUGGAGGGCCGUUUGGCGGCAUGUUUGGUGGCGAUCCCUUCAUGUCAGACCCAUUCUCGCAAAUGGACCGUAUGAUUAACUCGAUGUUCGCGGACCCAUUGUUCGGGAAUCCGCUCGGUGUUGGUCUCCGCCCACCUGGGACGCACAUCCAGCAGCAAUCCCAUCAACAGAGGGCGCGGCAGCCUGUUAUAGAGGAAGUGGAUGACGACGGGCAGCCUGUUAGGGCGACAGCAAAUCAGGAUGAGCCUAUUGUCGAGGAGCCAGAUGAUGUCCCUGCUGCCGCCAAGGAGGGCUCACCGCCGCAAAGCCGCGCAGCUCAGCGACCUCGGCGACACAGUCCACCACGCGCCUCCUCAACCCACGUCCAGGGCUCCUUAGAUCCCUUUGGACAGCUCUUCGGCGCUCUGACGGGUGGCGCGGCUGCCGGUGGCGGCAACUCCUCCUUCGUGUUCAGCAGCAGCAGUUUCAGCUCGCUGGGACCUGGCGGCGUGUCGUACCAGACAACCACCUCCACGCGAGUGGGGCCGGGCGGGGUUCGCGAGACGCAGUCGGUGGUCCGCGACGGCCGCAGCGGCACGGAGGCGGUGACCAUCAGCCGGGGCCUGGGGGACGGGCGGCAGCGCACGCUGGUGCGCACCCGGGACGCCAUCACGGGCCGGGAGGAGCAGGUGGAGGACCUGCAGGGCAUCACGGCGGACGAGGCCGACGUGUUCGACGACCAGUGGCGUCAGCACGCGGAGCGCAACCUGCCGGGCAGCGGCGCGUUCGGAGCCGUGGCGGGCCGGCUUGGGGCUGGUCCUGGUGCCGGCGGCAGCCGCAGUCAGCGAACGCUUGCGCUGCCGAGCACCGCGGGCGGUGGCGGCAUCAGCGGCCAUCACAGCGCGGCGGCGAUGCCGUCAGCUUCGCUGUACGACAGCGCACCAGCGGCGCCGUCGUCUCACCAGGCGCAACCUGGUGUUGGCUACGGCAGGCGACACAGCAGCAGCACGGGUGCUUAUUUCCCGCCUUCUAGCGGCGGUCUAGGUAGUAGCGGGCCCGCGGGGGCGGGUGUGUACGGCGGCGGCACCGUGGCCACUGGAGGCGGCAGCGGAGGGCAGGGCUCGUACACGGGGCAUGGCCCAGGGACGCCGCAGUAUGGCAGUCGCCGGUUUAGCGGUGCUGGCCAGAAUUCGGGCUACUACUCACCUAGGCAGCAGCAACAGCAGCAACAUCAGCAGCAGCAACAGCAGCAGCAGCAGCAGCAGGGGGCGGGGGUUGGGUCGGGCAGGAGUGGCAUGUAUGGGGGCAGUAGCUACGCUGGUGGUGGCCAAACACAGCCGCGGUAUCACUACUAAGGGUGUGCAUCGAAGGUUACUGGGGCUGGUAGGGAGGCGGCGGUUUCGGGGCUGGGCGUUCGUCUAGGGGCAUUCCGCAUGACGGGUUUGUAACCAUGGCUAGACGGCAUUGGGUGUUGCCAGGAGUAGCGCGUGUGAUGACCUAUGUUGGCGUGGGUUUGUGUUAUGCUUAAUUUGGAAUCCUAUAACACGCGAUUUAAGGUUUGGCAGUCCACUGCCUCUAUUCACACGUUAUUUCAGGCUAGGGCGAAGGUAGUAGUAGUCAUUGUACCGGUGUGGGCUGAAAGCGCCUCAACGGCAAGCAUGUGUUCCCGUUUUGGAACAUUUCGUUAAAAGUGGCUUCCGCGCAUCCUGUCUUCUUUAGUGUUUAGACCGAUUGUUCGAUUGAGGAGUUAUCUAUGCACGCAGGAUGGCAUGUCGUGACGCGGAAAUGUAUGAGGGUGGUACAGGGUGGUACGAACAUUUCAAAAAUGCGGGGCAGUGGCUUAAGAGCAGCCCAGUGCUCAAUGUGCGAACGAACCUAUGUAACAUACCGGAGGG